UUGGGCACGGAAGUAUCCUCCUAGCCUUCGUCAAACGCAGAGCCUGUGACUACGAAUGCCACGCAAAUCCUCCCUUGCUCCCGUCCCCAUCGCCGCUUCUCCGGCUCCGCCUUUCGCUCGCUGUCUGUGCCUUUGUGCCUGUGCUGUGCGUUCGUGAUACACGCUGCCGCUGUCGCAGUACAGGCUGUAGAGCCCUGCCUAGUCGAGGAGUCGUCAAUUAUGAAUCCUGAUACAGUCUUCAAGCUUUCUUCCAGGGAGGAGAGAGAGAGACAGAGCUCGGCUCCUCAUCCAGUCAUCCUCUUCUCUCUACUUCCCUGCCCACCUCAUCGUCACUUUGCGAUGAUAUUCUAGCUCCACAGUAGUCUAUCUGACCCUUGCAGCACCUGAGAACCAACUACAAGAAGCCUCCCUGCCGCCUCUGUCCCUGCCCCUGCCUCCCAAUUGCUGACCGAAUCCACCCCAUUGCGCCAAGAAACCCAUGCGAUUCGCACCAAGGUCGCGGCUUUGGACGGCCCCGGUGCUCUAGCGCCGCCUCCGGAGAGCUUCGGCUCGCGGGUCGGAGCCAAUGGGCACGCCUCAGUUGAUGGUUCUGUUCCUGGUGCUUGCCGCGGCGGCGGUGUCGGCGGCGGCGGGGGCGCGGCCGAGCGCGGUGGCCGUCGGCGCGCUCUUCACCUACGACUCCACCAUUGGCCGCGCGGCGCGGCUCGCCAUCGAGCUCGCCGUCGACGACGUCAACGCGGACCGCACGGUGCUCGCGGGGACGAACCUGAAUUUGAUCACCCAGGACACCAAUUGCAGCGGCUUUCUUGGAACCGUCGAAGCAUUGCAGCUGAUGGAGAAAAAUGUAGUUGCUGUCAUUGGCCCACAAUCCUCUGGUAUAGGCCAUGUCAUCUCACAUGUUGUUAAUGAGCUACAUGUUCCUCUUCUAUCAUUUGCGGCCACGGAUCCAACUCUUUCUGCAUCAGAGUAUCCUUACUUCUUAAGGACAACCAUAAGUGACUACUUCCAAAUGAAUGCUGUUGCUAGCAUUGUUGAUUACUAUCAAUGGAAAGAGGUGACUGCUAUAUUCGUCGAUGAUGAUUACGGGCGAGGUGGUGUGUCGGCCCUUGGUGAUGCACUUGCAGCAAAGAGGGCAAGAAUUUCAUAUAAAGCAGCCAUUCCUCCAAAUUCAAAUACAGAUGUGAUCAAUGAUGUACUCUUUAGAGCAAAUAUGAUGGAAUCAAGGGUCAUGGUUGUGCAUGUCAAUCCUGACACGGGGAUGAAUAUAUUUUCUGUUGCUAACAAGCUCCAGAUGAUGGCCAGUGGCUAUGUCUGGAUAGUAACUGAUUGGCUAGCUGCUGUCCUGGAUUCCUCAGGGUCCAGAGAUCUUAAAGAUAUGAGCCAUAUACAAGGACUAAUUGUUCUUCGUCAGCACACUCCUGAAUCUGAUACCAAGAAUAAGUUCAUAUCUAAAUGGAAUAGUGUGGCUCGUAACAGAAGUAUUACUUCUGGUUUGAACUCAUAUGGUUUUUAUGCUUAUGACUCAGUUUGGAUUGUUGCUCGUGCUAUCGAUCAAUUUCUCGAUAGUGGGCAACAGAUUAACUUCUCUGCAGAUCCAAGGUUGCAUGAUUCAAAUGGCAGCAGUUUGCAUCUAUCAACUCUCAAGAUAUUUGAUGGUGGUGAGCAGAUGCUACAGCAACUUCUGCUCACAAACUUUACAGGCCUGACAGGUCCAGUUCGGUUUGAUUCAGACCGCAAUUUGAUACGGCCGGCAUAUGAAAUCCUUAAUGUUGGUGGUUCUGGCUCCCGCUUGAUUGGUUAUUGGUCUAAUUAUUCAGGCCUUUCUGCUGCUGCUCCUGAAAUUUUGUAUCAAAAGCCACCAAAUACAUCUACAAGUCCCCAGCGGCUGUAUAAUGUGGUAUGGCCAGGUGACUCCACUACUACACCUAGGGGGUGGGUUUUCCCAAACGAUGGCCAGCCUCUCAGAGUUGGCGUUCCAAUUAAAGCAAGCUUUAAGGAAUUAGUGUCAGUUGGCAGAGGCCCUGAUAAUAUAACUGGUUAUUGCAUUGAUAUAUUCAACACAGCAGUUAGACUACUUCCUUACCCAGUUCCUUGCCAAUUCGUAACAAUCGGGGAUGGUACAAAGAACCCUAACUAUGAUGACAUUAUUAAUAUGGUUGCUGCCAAUUCCCUUGAUGCAGUAGUAGGUGACUUUGCUAUUGUGAGAAAUAGAACGAAGAUUGCAGAAUUCACGCAGCCUUAUAUUGAAUCAGGGCUUGUGAUAGUAGCGCCGGUGAAACAUGCAACUUCAAGUGCCUGGGCUUUCCUUAAACCUUUCACAUUGGAGAUGUGGUGUGUAACAGGUGCUCUUUUUAUUUUUGUGGGGAUAGUUGUUUGGAUUCUUGAACAUCGAACUAACGAGGAAUUUCGAGGCUCUCCACGACGACAAUUUAUAACAAUAUUUUGGUUCAGCUUCUCAACAAUGUUCUUUUCACACAGACAGAACACUGUAAGCGCACUUGGGCGGUUCGUGUUGAUCAUAUGGUUGUUCGUUGUGCUGAUCAUCAAUUCAAGUUAUACUGCUAGCUUGACGUCAAUCCUCACAGUCCAACAGCUCUCGACAGGAAUAACUGGGCUCGACAAUUUGAUUUCAAGUGCUUUACCUAUUGGAUACCAAGCUGGAAAAUUUACCAGAAAUUACCUGAUUGAAGAGCUCAAUAUUCCUGAGUCCCGAUUGGUACCACUAAAUACGAUCCAGGAAUAUGCUGAUGCCCUUAACCGCGGACCUAAAGACGGUGGUGUUGCUGCAAUUGUUGAUGAGAUGCCAUAUGUUGAGAUCUUCCUGUCAUACCACUGCAAUUUCAAAAUAGUGGGACAGGCGUUCACAAAGGAGGGAUGGGGCUUUGCAUUCCAGAGAGAUUCCCCCCUUGCUGCAGACUUAUCGACAGCCAUCCUUCAACUUUCAGAGAGUGGCCAACUUCAGAGAAUUCACGACGAGUGGUUCAACAGGCCAAGUUGCGCCUCUGAUAAUAGCGACGUGGGAGCAACCAGGCUUGGCCUCGAAAGCUUUUGGGGCCUUUUUCUCAUGUGUGCUCUGAUAUGUGUCUUCGCUCUUGUAGUGUUCUUUAUAAGAGUCUGCUGGCAGUAUAGCCAGUACUCCAAUUCUGAAGCCGUUGAUGAGCCCAGUGCAGCUGAUGCCGCUGCCGCUGCCGCUGUCACUGCUGCUGCCGAAAGACAACGGAGGCCAACACGCCUUGGCAGCUUCAAAGAAAUGAUACUGUUUGUUGACAAGAAGGAGGAAGAAGUUAGGAGAACAAUGAAACGAAGAUCAAGUGAGAAAGAUAAUAACCAAGCUGCAGGAUCCUCAGAUGCUCAGUUAGUUGCUUCAGGAUAGAACAUUCUUUCAGACUUCAGCCCUUCAGAUGGCAAUACAGGGACAUACGUAAUAGCAUGUUGAAUUAGAUUUUCGAAGGGAAAACAUAUUGAAGUAGAUAGUGGUUGUAUGCUUUUAGUAGGAUGAUCUAAGAAUCCAUUUUUCCUCAGGAUCACUAGAAUAUUGUCUCGGAAAUACACGGUUUGUAUUCAAAACUUUUUCUUGGCAAUCGACAACAUUUCAAGA